GGCAGGCGACUUGUCGGCAGGGCCGCCGAUGCCUCGGGAGCGCCGCCGGGCCGCCGCGCCGUGAAGCCUGCGCGCGGGCCGUCGAGGGGCCGUCGAGGGCGGCGAUGGGCCGGGCGCCGGCGGGGGCCUGCUGGGCGCUGGCGCUGGGGGCCGCCGUGGCGGCGGCCGCCGUGGCGGGGGCGUGGGGCGGCGAGGCGGGCGUGUGGGUGCCGGAGCACGGCUUCUGCCAGCCCAUCUCCAUCCCGCUGUGCGCCGACCUGGCCUACAACCAGACCAUCCUGCCCAACCUGCUGGGCCACACGAGCCAGGAGGACGCCGGGCUGGAGGUGCACCAGUUCUACCCGCUGGUGAAGGUGCAGUGCUCGCCCGAGCUGCGCUUCUUCCUCUGCUCCAUGUACGCGCCCGUCUGCACCGUGCUGGAGGCCGCCAUCCCGCCCUGCCGCGCCCUCUGCGAGCGCGCCCGCCACGGCUGCGAGGCCCUCAUGAACAAGUUCGGCUUCCAGUGGCCCGAGCGCCUGCGCUGCCACCGCUUCCCCGUGCACGGCGCCGGCGAGAUCUGCGUGGGCCAGAACACCUCCGACGCCCCGGCCGCCAGCCGCCCGCCCCCCGCCGCCCCCGAGGCCCGCCCGGGCAGCCCCCCGCCGCCGCCCGGCCCGCCGCCCGCCGCCGCCUGCCCGCGCCCGCUGCAGGUGCCGCCCUACCUGGGCGCCCGCUUCCUGGGCCGGCGCGACUGCGGCGCGCCCUGCGAGCCGGGCCUGCCGCACGGCCUGCUGCACUUCUCGGCGGCCGAGGUGCGCUUCGCCCGCCUGCUGCUGGGCGUGUGGGCCGCGCUGUGCUGCGCCUCCAGCCUCUUCACGGUGCUGACCUACCUGGUGGACCGGCGGCGCUUCAGCUACCCGGAGCGGCCCAUCGUCUUCCUGGCGGGCUGCUACUGCCUGGUGGGGCUGGCCUACCUGGCCGGCGCGCUGCUGGAGGAGCGCGUGGCCUGCCUGGAGGCCGCCUGGCCCGAGGGCUUCCGCACCGUGGCGCAGGGCACCAAGAAGGAGGCCUGCACGCUGCUCUUCAUGCUGCUCUACUUCUUCGGCAUGGCCAGCUCCAUAUGGUGGGUGGUCCUCUCGUUGGCCUGGUUCCUGGCGGCCGGCCUCAAGUGGGGCCACGAGGCCAUCGAGGCCCACGCCCAGUACUUCCACCUGGCCGCCUGGGCCGUGCCCGCCGUCCAGACCAUCACCGUGCUGGCCCUGGGGCAGGUGGACGGCGACGUGCUCAGCGGGGUCUGCUACGUGGGCCUCUCCAGCGUGGACGCCCUGCGGGGCUUCGUGCUGGCCCCGCUCUUCCUCUACCUCUUCCUCGGCACCUCCUUCCUGCUGGCCGGCUUCGUGUCCCUCUUCCGCAUCAGGACCAUCAUGAAGCACGGCGGCACCAAGACCGAGAAGCUGGAGAAGCUCAUGGUGCGCAUCGGCGUCUUCAGCGUCCUCUACACGGUGCCCGCCACCAUCGUGCUGGCCUGCCACUUCUACGAGCAGGCCUUCCGGGACACCUGGGAGAAGACCUGGCUCCUGCGGACCUGCCAGAGCUACGCCGUUGCUUGCCCCACCGGCUUCACCCCCAUGAGCCCGGACUUCACCGUCUUCAUCAUCAAGUACCUCAUGACCCUGAUCGUUGGCAUCACCACCGGCUUCUGGAUUUGGACUGGCAAGACGCUCCAGUCUUGGCGGCGCUUUUACCACAGACUCAGCACGGGCAGCAAAGGGGAGACUGCGGUAUGAGGGUCUGCCCCCUUUCUCAGGGCCGCUCUUGGUUGUGCAGGAGAUGUGGGGUGGAAGGGGGCGGUUGAGCAACAGAAAAUGUCCCAUGCACUGAACGUUCUGACUUGGUUUUCCUUGUGGGCUGAGUUGGAAGCGCACCGAAUUAAGUGUCCUUCUUAAGACUGCUUUGGGAGACCGUGAGGGUCCGUCUUCCUUUUUUUGGGCUGCUGUUUUAUUCUUGUAAUGUGUGUCCUGCAGGGUCUGCUCAAAGGGGAGUGCUGGAAUUCUUGUGCCGAGGAUGCAACGUCGAGGGUGAGGGGUGGGCAGGAGAGAAAAGCGGAGCGCGCACACACGUACCUUACACAGAGUAGCCCCAAAUCAGAUGCAGGCUUGUAACUUGGAUAGAGGAAUGUUCCUUGAAUCCAGUUUCAUUCUCUCGCAAACCAUAGACCAGCACGGACUCUGGUUUUGUGCUGUUUUUUUAAUUGAAACUGCCAAUUAAAGCUCUGUUGGGGCUCUCUGUCUAUAUGUUUGGUCUGCAGUCCCAUUCAUGCUGACCCGGGAGUAAAUCGCAUGCUUCUCAACAGGACUUAACUUCUGAGUGAAUGCGUGCUUGGGCUGCAGGGGGAAAAUAUUCUUUCACUUCAGUUCAAAAGUUUUCUUUCCAGUGGAGUCCCCCUUUGGCAAAAGUGGGUUGCUAAGGUUUUGGGGAGGGGGAGGCAGGGAAAGAGAAGGAGACGCUUCUCUGUGGGGUUGUAAGAAGACAGGAUGUGUUGAUUUUCGGGAGAAUGCUUUUUACUCUUGGGCCUUUAUUAACAGAGACAAAAGAAAAAAGUCUAUUCCCCCCCCUCCAGUAAAGCAUAAGCCGGGGAUCAGCUUUUAUGGACAAACUAACAAAAGAAUUUGGUGAGGUUCAGCUAUGGAUGCAGCCAGACCAGGCAGUUCCACAUUCCUUUUGGAAUAUGGAGGGAGGGGAAGGGAAGUCUCCGGAAGGUCUCUGGUCAAACUGAAGGAUAUCCGAGACACCCUCCCCCCCCCUUUUACAAACACUGGUUUAAUUCAGAACACCUGACAAAACAGCUCGCAUAAAAAUCGGUAAAACAAGCAUGGAUAAAUAUCUCCUUUCUUUCCACCAGCCUCUGUUUUCCUGUUAAUUAUAUCUUGCCCUUUGAUACAGGAAAAGAAGGAUUAGCUAUUUGGCAACAAAAAGAAUAUUUGGCAAUGUAGACCUGAAUGCUUUGAUGGCUGCCCUGUGCUCCAUUCGUGUGCUUGGAAACCCCUCUGGGGCUUAAGGGUGUUGAACAGUGUUGGGCUGUGGCUCUUUUGCAGAAGUGAGUGCUACCAAUUUUGUGCAUAUUUUCUGCGUAACUGGCUCACAUUGCAAUCGUAAGAAUACUUUCCUGGGAGUAAGCCUCAUUGACUAGACCUGAGUAGGAUUCUGAGGAGACCUGCUUAGGAUUGCUCUCGGGUAGUUCCUUAAAAGAGUGAUGAUGAAGGCUUGUGGUCCUUUGCACUUGUAUGUGAGCGUGUCCCACUGAACUCAGCAUGUGGAGGAUUGGGCUGUAUGUCCUAUGGAAUGAAAUCUGUCAUGACUAAUUGAUGUCCUGUUAAUUGACAUGACCAAAAGUACACAACUAAUUUGCGGGGUUUGUGCUCACAGUGCAGAGAUUGGGAUAGUGCAGUAGUUUAGUAUGUCUUCAGAGUCCUUAAGAGGUGCCUGCCCUGCCUUCCUUUCCUUUCCCUUCCUUCCUUUCUUUCAAAAAUCAGUGUUCUGAAUCUUUUUAAAAUAAAACACACAAGCUUUCUGAUAUCUAAAUCUUGUUCUUUUGUAAUAAAAACGCAAACAUGUUUUAAACUACAUCAUUAUGUAUAACAUUUCCUGAAUGAGGACCACUGGUUAAAAAUAGAAAGAGGGGUUUUAAAAAAUGGGAAGAAGGAAUAUGAAAUGCACCUGAAGGGAAAGUUCAUUUAUCUUUUAUUUUUUCAACUUUUUGUAUUGGCUGCUGUGAACUGAAGGGGUUUGACUGUCUUUUUUCCUGAAAACCUAAUUGGAGAAUGGUGGGUUUUAACAGGCUUACUUCUGUUUCUCCUUCAGCCUCAAGGCUGUAAUCAUUUCCUCUUUGUUUUAAUGAAUGGAGCCCCAAAUUCUUGUUUUUAAAACCUCUUUAGAGAGCUGUUAAGGGAGAGGACAGCCUUCAAAGGGGUGUGCAGGCUGGAUGUGUGUGUCUGAGGAUGAAGCGGGGAGAGAAACAGCCCACUAUAAUUUUGCGGUACUGAUUUCCUAGGUUCAGCGAUGCUGGCUUCCCCCCCCUUUUAAGCGUGCAUAAGACAAACUGAAAGUGCAGUAUGUAUAUUUUGUAAAUCUGAUAUUUUGUAAGAAAAUAUAUAUGUAUUUAUGUUUUUACUGGCUGUUUUGUUUCAUUUUCAGAGGUCUGUGUAAGACUGAUUUCAUUAUAUGUACAGAACACAAAAUAAAUGGAUUUUUAAUACAA